AAGAAGGGAUUUCAACAGUGACAACACAACACAGAGGGUAGCUGCUAAUUUUAAGUGGUAAUAUUUCCCAUUUCCUAAUCUUCAUCUCGUCGCCCGUCCACACAGCAAUGGACGGAUCUGUCAGAGGCUCUUCAGACGCCGCCGGCCCGCCGCCUUAUUUCAGAGGGAAUGAAAGCUCCAUGGUUUCAGCCCUCAAGACACUGCUGUUCUUUACUAUCCUGAUGGUCACGCUGCCCAUCGGACUGUACUUUGCAUCAAAGGCGUACAUCUUUGAGGGUUCGAUGAAGAUGUCAAGCUCCGACAGCUACUUCUACGCCGCCAUUGUCGCCGUGCUCGCCGUGCAUGUGGUUUUGGCGUUGUUUGUGUACGUGGCGUGGAAUGAAGGCACGCCUAAAGGGAAGGGCAAACACGAUUAAAGUUAUGUCCUUAUCAGCUCAUAAGACCAGAGGAGAUGGACGGACACGGGGAUGGAUCCACAGCUCCCCCCUCCCACCAUGGCUCCAGCACUAAACACGGUACCAUCUACCAACCAGACAGUUAGGCGAUCUGGUUUGCGCUUAAGCUUUAACUCAGGGUUAAAGCCUGAAACUACUGUAUACUCCCUCUGGCAUGGGGGCGCAGAGACUGUUGGGUGUGCUUUUUUUUCCCACCAGCCCCAGCAGGCAUGCCUUUGUGACUUUUUGUUCUCUGAAAAUGUUACUUUUUGUUGACAGAGGACAGCCCCUAUUUUUUAAGAGGCUUUGUUAUAAGCUGUCAUUUGGUUAAGUGCUGUAAGUCCCUUCACAGUAAAGAGUUUGCAAUGUAGGAGAACAUCUUGGAUUGUAGAUGUUGUGUGGGCGCGGGCACACACACACACACACAAACCCAUACACACACACACACCCAUACAAAUACUACUUCAUUUGUAUUUGUAUCAAAGAUUGCAAAAAUACAUUGAUUCUCUCCCAAUUUGUUGCACUGACUUGAUUUUUCUGUCCUCAAAUUAAAAUGACAAAUAUUUAUAUGCAUACCUUUUCAGAUUAACUUCAGUACAAACCCAUAAUGUGCUUAAUUUUCAUGCCAGAUUAAUGGAGAGUAGAUAUUGUAUUUUUGAACAUUCGUCAUUAUGUCUUGUCUUUAAAAUAAUCUGAUUCAUCAGUUUGUCCUUGUAAGUAGUGUUUCUGUUUGUUUGUUAGUUUGAAAGUGUUUGUGUAGUUGUAGUCGUGUGAUGUUUCAGAACUUUGUAUUAGGGAAUAAGUAAAGGUGCAAGGUCAAAUUAUGUUCAAAGAAAUGUUUUGUAUUGAAGAUGUUUGGUGAUCUGAAGAUGUAGAUGUCUGUGGUGGAGAUGAGAAUGAUGACUUGCUCAAAUAAACUUGUAAACAUUUUAA